UGGUGCACCGGGUGUAACCAGCGAGCUAAUGCUAGGCUAGUUAGAUGUAGCUAGCUAGCUAUUGGUUCUUGUCGGCGUACGCAGCUAUAGAAUUGACAUUUCGCAUGUGAUUUUUGAGGGAUGUUAAAGAAAGUCUUUGGUGUCACUUGAUUUUACAAUCGCUCUGCUGCUGUCAUCGACGUCUUCGCUCUGGUUGUUUUCUUUAUCAGCUGGUCCGUUUUGGUGAGUCGGCUAGUUAGCCUCCUUAGCUAGCUAGGCACUGUAUCGUAUGGGUAAAGUUAGCCGUGACUUCACCGGGUGUCUGGUUGCCUGAUCUCACAUUUCGGACACGUCAAGGUUUCUUAAGUCCGUCUCCUUAUCUUGGAGGCUGUGAUGUCCGAGCCCAAAACCCCCACACCCACUCCCGCUGGUGACACAUACAAAGGAUGGGUGUUCAAGUGGACAAAUUACAUCAAGGGUUAUCAGCGGAGGUGGUUUGUCCUGAGCAAUGGGCUGUUGUCAUACUACAGGACCCAGGCAGAAAUGGGCCACACAUGUCGAGGCACCAUCAACCUGGCCACAGCGACUAUUACUGUGGAUGACGCCUGUAAUUUUGUCAUCUCCAAUGGCGGGGCACAGACAUACCACCUGAAGGCCAGCUGCGAGGUGGAACGACAGCGCUGGAUCACUGCGCUGGAACUGGCCAAAGCUAAGGCAGCCCGCAUGCAGGCUGAGUCAGAUGACUCAGGGGAUGACUUUUCACCGUCAUCCACGCCAGCAGCACCAGGACAAGGCGGUGCAUCACAGAACUCAGAGGUCCAGUCUGCUCUGAGAACACUUGGCAGCAAGGUUGAGGAUCUCAGCACGUGUAACGACCUGAUCUCAAAGCAUGGCUCUGCCCUCCAGAGAUCUUUAUCAGAGCUGGACAGUCUGCGUCUGACCGGAGAGGCGGGGGAUAAGAUCCGUCAGGUGACAGAGCGGGCCACGCUGUUCCGGAUCACCUCUAAUGCCAUGAUAAAUGCGUGCCGAGACUUCCUCGCGCUGGCUCAGGCUCACAGUAAGCGGUGGCAGAAGGCCCUUCAAGCAGAACGGGAGCAGCGAGUCCGGCUGGAGGAGACUCUGGAGCAGCUGGCCAAGCAGCACAACCACUUGGAGCGGGCAUUCAGAGGGGCUGCACAGGCUAACGCCACAGCAGAUAAUAAGGGCGCUGCCGGUCCAGGUAAAGGGGAAGCCAGUGACGAAGAUGACGACAAUGAAUUCUUUGAUGCCAUGGAGGAAGCUCCUGAGUUUAUCACUGUCCCAGCAGACCCACAAUUCCACAAAAGAUCAAGCAGCAACAUCAGUGGUUUCAACAGUGAAAUGUGUCCUGAUGAUCAGUCGCUCAAUGAGGAGCCGCUUGCAAUGAACCAGGAAUCCCCGUCUCAGGAGCUGGUACCCUUAAAAAAGAGGCGGACACGCAUUCCCGACAAACCCAACUACUCCCUCAACCUGUGGAGCAUCAUGAAGAACUGCAUCGGCAAAGAGCUGUCUAAGAUCCCCAUGCCUGUGAACUUCAACGAGCCCAUAUCCAUGCUACAGCGGCUGUCGGAGGACCUGGAGUACCACGAGCUACUCGACAAGGCCUCAAAGUGCCAGAGUUCCCUCGAGCAGAUGUGCUACGUGGCCGCCUUCUCUGUAUCUUCCUACUCCACCACUGUCCACCGCACAGGAAAGCCCUUCAACCCCCUGCUGGGAGAGACUUACGAGCUGGAUCGGCGGAGAGAGAGCGGCUACCGCUCCCUCUGUGAGCAGGUGAGUCACCACCCUCCUGCCGCAGCGCAUCAUGCGAUCUCCGAUCGGGGCUGGACUCUGAGACAGGAAAUCACAGUUGCGAGCAAGUUCAGGGGAAAAUACCUGUCCAUCAUGCCCUUAGGCACAAUUCACGCAAUCUUUGAAAAAGGCAACAAUCACUACACAUGGAAGAAAGUUACCACAACAGUGCACAACAUCAUUGUCGGAAAACUGUGGAUCGAUCAGUCAGGAGAAAUAGAUGUGGUGAACCACACCACAGGAGACCGCUGCCACUUGAAGUUUGCUCCUUACAGUUACUUCUCCAGAGACGUGGCCAGGAAGGUGACAGGUGUGGUGAUGGACAAAGACGGCAAAGCCCACUACGUGCUCUCUGGCACCUGGGACGAGAAGAUGGAGUUUUCUCGUGUGAUGCAGAGCAGCCGGGGAGGAGAGAACGGCACCGAGGGCAAACAAAAGACAGUCUAUCAAACCCUUAAAGCCAGGGAGGUGUGGAGGAGGAACCCACUACCUGACGGAGCAGAGACCAUGUACUACUUCACUGCCUUGGCGCUGACCCUAAACGAGCCUGAGGACAGUGUAGCGCCCACGGACAGUCGCCGUCGGCCAGACCAACGCCUCAUGGAGGACGGCCGUUGGGAUGAAGCCAAUGCUGAGAAGCAGCGCCUGGAAGAGAAGCAGCGCAGCGCCCGUCGGGAGAGAGAGAGGGAAGCUGCCAGUAAACGGACCUCAAGCCAAUCAGAAGAAGCUGUCGAGGAGGACUCUAUUACUGAUCCCUCUUUUAAAAGCGCACCUCACGAUAACUACCAGGCACUUUGGUUCGAGCACUGCGAGGACCCCAUUACAGGUGAGCCAGUCCAUAUCUAUAAGGGAGGCUACUGGGAAGCCAAGGACCGGGGCAGCUGGGAAGGCUGUCCUGACAUAUUUUGACCCAAGUAUGGACUGCAAGGUGCCCUGAAGAGACUGAUCCAUCAAAGCUGGCCAGGUGGAAGGCGUCGACCCAAGGGCCGGCCCGUUACCCACCGCCCAUCCACGUUCCUACCAGUGGUUCUCUGUUCUAAGAGAUCUCCAGGAUGGUCUCUGCUGUCUGCUCCAGGGAAGUGGGGCCUCCUUCAUCCUGUUUUGUUCCUGUCUCCUUAAUGCUGUCACAUAUCUGAGAGGGAUGGGUUGAAAUAUUUCAGCUGUUUGAGGUGAAAUGGGCAGUGCUUCCAGAUCUACGGUAGCCUCUUAAAAGAGGCUUUUACACUGAAUACACCCUGUGAGAUAAUGUGUUCCUGUUGUCAUUCACAGCUUUGUGUGCUUUGUUUAUAACUCUAAAAAAGGGGGCUAAGACCUGGGUAAUAUAUACAUUUAUAUAUAAAUAUGAUUAGAAUAAUUUCAUUAAAUUGUUGACUGGUGGCCUUCAAGAUGUUAGUGAGGAUUUCUUAUUUCUCUCUGAUUUAGUGUCUUAAUGUAAUGAAGUGAAGUUUCUAGUGUGCUGGUGUGUAUGAAGCAUAGCUGCUCUUCCAUCACUUUACAUCUCUGCCACUGUGCAGUGUACUGUGUUUAAAAAAAAAAACAUGAUUGUUGAGCGUAAUGGUUGAACCUUCAUGCUGUUAAGUUUUUGUACUUAGAGAUUUUCUCCCCUUCACACCUGUUCUCUUUGCCUUAGAAAUGAGCAAGCUUCUCACACUUGUAUUGACAUCACACUUCAGUGGAUUUGAUGCAGACAUUAAUCGCUGGUUUUCUAGUAAAAGGAGGAAAAGGAGCUGCAGAAUGCCAAAAAAACUUUUUCCAAUACUGAGAAAAUCCCAAAUUAUGUAAGUUGUAAUCCAAUGAUGAAAUAUUCCCUUUUCACAGGAUUGGACAAAUGCUGAGUCAUUUUUUAGAUGAAGUAAUCACUAAGCAUCAUGGUAGUAAACGUGGAUUUCUAAGGUGUUUUAUUGUGUUGAAGGUAACACAUUCAAAUGAGCAAAGAAACAAGUGGUCAUACAUAUGCAAGUACAUUUUGACACCAAAAACAUUUGUGUGUGAGAUUUCAUAAUUUUGUUUGUAAGUGUACUUAAAAAUGAAGAAUAAAGAAACAAAGAAGCAUUGCAAAUAACUAUGAUUUUAUAAAUGUAUAGAAAUUCAUAUUAUAGUAUUGAUAACUGUAAGGUAGUUUUUUU